AUGGGGCAAAUGCCACAACUAUAUCGUGACCCAUGGGCAGCAAGAGAAGCAUGGCGUAAACAUCCAGUCUUUUCCAACAAAUUCAUGUUCCGUAACUUCAUGCCGGGUUUCGCAUUGGGUGCAGCAGCUUUCGGUGCCUACGUCGCUGUGGACAGCUUAUUCCAUCCAAGCAAUAUCGAAAAGCUCAAAGAAGAAGCAAAGAAACAACGUGGAGAAGCAUAA